GAUGGGGAGGAAGAGGAGGAAAUGGAGGAGGAAGAGGAGGAGGGGAAGGAGGAGGAGGAAGAGGAAGAGGCACAGGAGGAGGAUCGAGAGGGGGAGGAGCAGAUGGUAGAGGUAGGGGAAGAGGAGGUACAGAAGAAAGAACAAGGAUCGAAGGAUAUGGAAGUGGCUCGCAGGAUAUGGGGUAUUUCGGGGAAGAUAAUCAAUCCGACCAAAGCAGUGAUUACAGCGGAGAGCAGUCAUACCAGUCAUUCAAAAGAGACCGGGCAUCGAGAGGAAGGGGUCGAGGUCGAACUGCAUGGACUCAACCUACGCCGGGCACAGGCGAGAAUGAGACAAGGCCAGACGUGAUAGAACUACAUGACAAGAACGAAGACUGGAAGCAUGCUCCGGCAAGGAAAGUGAAGCAGAACAAUAACAAAAGGAAACGAAACCAAAGAAGAAAACAAAACAGACAAGAGUCCAGUCAAAACAAUAGCAAUCACAGCAAGUUCCUUGUGAGCGUGGGUAACAGAUGUGACAUCGAGACACUUAAGAACUACCUUGAGGCAAUGACGACAGAGGGUGUGGCCCGUAUUGCGCCAAUCCACGAGGGAGAAUUUCUCGUUUUCUUUGACUGCAUGCGAGACUUUAGUAAAGCAGAAGAGAAAAUCAGCAAGACGCCAUUAGAGGGGGCCAAGGUCACCAUCACUCGCCUUUGUCAUAACCCCACCUGGUGUGUCAGGGUGGAAGGAUUCGCCAGCGGCACCACUUUUGAUCAGCUGCGAUUCUACUUUGCUAAUGCCAAAAACGGUGGCGGGGAGGUAAACAAGCUGGAGUUCACUGAGGGCAACAACACAGCCGUCAUCUACUUUAAUAGCCAAGAAGUUGUUAAAAACCUGCUCAGCAAGGAGCAUAAGCUUGGUGACUCCAUACUAAAGCUGACAGGGGUGCCACAAUCCAUGGAUGAAGAAGGUCCGAAACAUCACGGCCAGACCACCAACCCCAAGCAUAAUGGAGGCAACAAGGAGACAACCAGUUCUAGCCAAACCCCAACUGAUUAUAAGCCAGGAAUCAUCGAGGUCGCAGUUGACCUAAAUAUCAUGGAAUUCGUGAGAAAAUCGAAGUACUUUCUUGAACUUGUGACAUCUCUUCGAGAAAUUGGAUUCGAUUUGGUAUACAAAAGCAAUUCCAGGACUCAAACCAUCACAGAAAAAGACCCGACAUGUGCAAACAGACACGAUGAUGCUGUCGAAGUUUUCGAUUCUAUGAUGGCCAGAUUCGUAAGCUUUGAUUAUGAUGUACCUGGAACUGGUGCCGACUCCUGGAAACUAUUGCUGCGGAGUCUUACAACACUUAAGCAAGAGCGUGGACAAAACAGUUUUUAUUUCCAACAAGACGCAAACUGCAGGCAAAUUAAGGUGACAUGCUUGAAAUCCUUAAAAGAAGAAAUCGAAAAAAAUCUUCAGGCCAAGUCUUACAAGGAGACGACUAUUAACAGUGGUGAUACAGACGAAGAGAAAAUAUUCCUUCUUGACAAACUUGAAUUUGGUAAAGCAAUACAGGUAGAGUAUCCUGAUAUGAUAGUGCAAGUUGAUUUACAAAAACAAGAGGUCUUAGUGAAAGGCCCCAAGGAACAGUAUGAGAAAGCUAUCAUGAAGGUCUACCAAAAGCUCGGACAAAUGUCAGGAAAAACGCUGUCAUUAAGCGCUAACGUCGCAGAGAUGCUCAAUACUGACCAGGGUCUUGCAAGGGUUAAGGAAGAGAUGAAGAAACAGAAGAUUGAAGCAGUCUUCUCCAUCGCUGAAGUCAGCGGGAAGUGUUCUGUUUUUGGAAGCUCCAGCACCGAGGCAGACAAAGCCUCUGAAGUAGUUACCAAGCUCAUUAAGGAGGUCAAGAUCGACGUGGGAAAGGACAAUCAAGAUCUUCUUGCAAGCAAACAAUGGAGCGCAGUUUGUGACGAUGUCAAAGGAAGGUGUAAUGUCUAUGUACGAAGGAACAAGUGGAACGAGACUUGGUUCACUGGAUUUGCAGAUGAUGUCGAUAAAGCGGAGCAGCGAGUUAAAAGGUUUCUUGAAGAAAACGCCAUUAAAACAGAAAAGUACCCCUUAGCGUCUGCCGUGCAACGUCGUUAUAUCGUGUGGCACAGGAUGACGGACUUGAAGGGUUUCGAAGAGAAACUCAAGGACCAAGGCGUGAAGUUUGCUCCUACAAUCAAGUCCAACGAGCUUUCAAUCACUGGAACGAAGAAUGGCAUCAGCAGGGCCAAGGCUGCUUUAGUGCAGCUUGUAGGUACCAUCGUUACAAAGUCGUCGCAAGUCACUCAGCCUGGCCUGAAAAAGCUUUUUGCUGAUGGAAAAGAAGCCGCGCUGACCAGAACUGUGGAGCAAGAACACCACUGUGUCAUUGAGGUUGCGCAACCGCAGCUCCAGGGACCCUCUGCUGGACAGUCUACCGGCGGUAACGGAUCGGCCCAGAAUGCACAGCGUCGCGCUGGCAAACCACUUCUUAGUAAAUUAUGGCAGUCAUUUACUGGUCGGGGAAGCGAGAGCGACUCGGGGGAAGACAGCGAGGACGAGGAAGGGUUUGUCAUUCCGCACUUAGGUGGAAACCAGGUGUCAGUAGGGAAGACAGUGAUAGCGUGGAACCAGGGAGACAUUGUUAAACAAAAGGCGGAUAUUUUAGUCACCCUAACCCAAGGCCAGCUUGCCAAAGCCUUUUACUCCGCUGACCCGCAGCUACAGCAAGCAGUACAAAACACACCGACUUCCGGCGGUGUUACAGUCACCUCAAGUGGUUCUAUGACUAACUGCAAGCAUGUGAUGCAUGGACAAUGUUCCAACUGGAACGGUGUCAACGGCUCCGCGGCUAACGGACUUGAUAAACUGGUACAAAGCUGCUUGGAAAACACAGAUCUGCUAGGGAUGAAUACAAUUGCCUUUCCUAUCAUAGGAACAGGUGGAUUCAGCUUUCCACACCAUGAGGCCUGCAGAAUAAUGCUAAGCAGCGCAUUAAACUACUGCAGAGCCAACCCCAACACAGGGAUUACCGAUAUUAGUUUGGUCGUGUUCCCUCAAGACCAGGCGUUGGUAACUGCAUUCCAAACAGAAUUUAAUAGCUUAACAUCCAAAGGUGCUCCUAUGCCUGUUGCUCAAGCAAGCUCCACCAUGCCUGCUCAAAUCAGCGGUGUUCUCAUUCGGGUAGUCCCUGGCGAUUUGACCAAAGAAAACGCCCCAGUAGAUGCGAUUGUGAAUAUCAUUGGCACCUCCAUGGAUAUGCAGCAAGCUGGAGAAGUAAGCAAAGCAGUUUCUGCAGCGGCGGGACCACGCCUCCAACAAGAAUGCUCACAACUAGGCCAGCAACCUGCUGGUUCAGCGGUGAUUACAAGAGGCUACAACCUGGGUGUCAAUCACGUGAUCCACAUGGUUCCUGGAGGUAACAGCAAAACGCAGCUGUCGCAGUGCUUGGAAAGUUGUCUCCAGGCGGGCGAUGCUCAGGGAUUUAAGUCAGUGUCGCUCCCAGCGUGUGGCACAGGUGGCUUUGGGCUUUCCGAGGCCGACUCUGCCGACCUGACCUUUAAUGCAUUCAGGAAUAUCUGCCCCAAGCUGAACAGCAUCACCGAGAUUAAGGUCGUUAUUUUCAACAAGGCCACCUUGCUGCAAGCCUUUCAGCUCCAACUGCAUAAACUCGGCACAUCGUCCUUAUUCAAGAAAGCGGUCUCGCCGAGAAAGUCUUACUCCUCCAAGAAUUCGCAGUCAGCAGUAAUCCAGCCUCGUUCCCAAGACACUGUGAAGUUCACAGUCUAUGGAAAAAGUAAUAAUGCCGUCGACGACGCAGUGAAAGCCCUGGUUGAUGCUUUUAAAAGCGUCUGCGUAACUCAGGAGGUUAAAGACGAGGCAGUGUCGAGUCUAAGCAGCUCACAGCGCCAGACGUUAAGCGCAAAAGCUUUCAAGAACGACAUAGAUAUAAAUUUCGAUGAUGCGUCAAAUCGAGUCGUUAUCGGAGGCGGGGCACAAGAUGUAAUGUCGCUUGUCAAUGACGUUUGGAAAGAGCUAAACGAUCGUAAAGAGAAAGACAAGGCCAAAGAGCAUGCCUCGGUGCUGUACAAGACCAUUCGCUGGCAGUAUAACAAGAACGGUACUUCUGUGGUGUUCGACAAACACGUGAAUGCAGAGAUCGAGAAGGCCCAUAGCAACAAGACACCAAGCGUUACCGUCAAGCACGGUCACGAAACGUUCGUGAUCACCAUGGCUACGAUGACAGGUGUCAGUCAAAGCGGUGGACAGCAGAUAACAGUGACGCGGGGAAUUGUGGGAGUUACUUCAGGAAGCUCGGUCUCUCUACCUCCAAAUUGGGAUCCGAUGCCUGUGGGGACGGAUGGCAAGGAAAAGACAGUGCACACGGUCAAUCUGUCACAAACUUCGACUGAAUACCAGACAGUCAGCAAUCUUUUCAAAAGUACGGGUGGAACUGGUAAUAUCAAUCAGAUUCAACGCGUACAAAACCCUCACCUCUACCGAGCGUACAUGGUUAAGAAGGACAAAAUGGACAAAGACAACGUAGGAAUAAACAAUGAGAGAACUCUUUUUCACGGAACUAAUGGCUCAAACGUCAGCGCCAUCAACACACAAGGAUUCAACAGAAGCUUUGCAGGGAAAGCAAGCGGUACUGCAUUAGGAAAUGGUGUAUACUUCGCAGCAAGCGCCUCUUACUCCAUGGGUUACGCACAUCAAAGUGGAAAUGGCAGACACAUGUACGUAGCCAAGGUCCUAGUUGGGAAAUAUACACAGGGUCGCCAAGGUCUCCUCAACCCUCCCUGCAUAAAUGCUUCAAUACCGGAGAUUCUGUACGACUCAGUAGACAAUGGCGGAGGAAGUGUAUUCGUAGUUUUUCACGACAGUCAGUGCUAUCCUGAGUACCUGAUAACUUUCCAGUAAAUAAAUGAGGAUUCCGAAUGUAAUACAGCUACUCAGGGUAUUAGGUAACACCAAGAGACCAUGAUA